CGUCUAUCAGGUACACGUACGACGCUCAUUAUGUUCAUAUUAUGCACCUCGGUCACGAGUUGUCAUAAGGAAGUUAUACAAAAAUAUGAUUGCUGUUUAUAAACACGGAGUAAAGAUCUAUGGAUAUAAAUAUUUUUCGCAAAAAUGAUUCAAAUAAAGUGUUAGGAACUAUACAAUAAAUGUGAAAUAUAGAAAAAUCAUGUUGGGAAAAUUCUGAUCAAAAGAGUGGUUUAAACGGACUAAAUCAUAACCUGUCGCUUACUUUGAAGAAUUGAUUAAGUACCGCACAAUUUUAGAAAAUCCGUUGUUUAUAUAAAUGAAUAUUAUUAUCUUCAUAAUCUAUUUAAAAACCUAAUACACCUACACGAUCUCUCCAGGAAAGAUUUAGAAUAAUAUAAUUAGAUCAUUAUCGUUGAACCACAAUUGGGGCUAUAAGGGUCGUUCGCCGCAAACUGAAUUUGACAUUUGAGACAAGUGUUGUGAACUAAUUAAAUACGUUUUUUUUCUGUGGACAAACGCCAGUUAGUAUAACCAUGUUAUGGAGGUUACCGAUGACGAACACAAGGAUUGUUGCCGGGUAGAGCAAGCAACUGGAAAAACCGAAUGUCAUGCUAUCACGUGAUUGUGAACAAGCCAAUUUGUUCAAAGUACACGCGACAUUGCAUAAUUACGGUGAACACCACCCGUUGGUGAUCGAAAGUGAAAGUCGAAAGACAAGUAUAAAUAAUGUUGAAACAGAAAAGUCUGACAAAAACUGUGGUACAAAAGCUACUGUCGACAUCACCAUGCAAACUACUCGUUCAUCCACGGAUAGUUCAUUAGAAAACAUUCGUUCAGCGAAGAAUAUAGAAAUUAAAACAGCCGACUUUAUUUCGGUCCUUCAAGCCAUCGAUCAGGAUAAUAAAAUACAUUAUGGACCAAUAGAAUAUAGAAAACCAAUCCCUGACGAAGAAAAUAUAACAGAAAAUUGGAACGAAAUAGGCAUGACGCCUCAAACGAAGACUUUAUAUGUAAGGAGUAAUUUUGAGAAAGAUAACAACGAUGGCUACAGAAGAGAAUUAUGUGAUGCUGAGUCAGAAGAUGAAUGUGAUGCGUUUGAUGGUUUCGGAAAAUUGGUUAAACAAAAAGUUAAAACGUUAAUUGCGUGUUCCUCUAGUAAAGGGAUGACAGUGGAUGACGACAGUUUAUCAUUCCAAAAAGCAAAUAAAGAAAAGGUAGAUGAAAACGGUGAUUAUGUGUGGGUAAAUAGUCCCUUACACGGUCAAGAAACAGGAAAUAACACAUGUACUACAGUUGUACAUGAAGGCGAAGAGAAAGAGAACAAAGUCAGGGUUAGACAAGAAGAUUGCGGCACUAUAGCCUCUACCGUGUUCACUCCAGAAUUUACUGAAACCACGACAAAAACGUGCCAUUUUUUCCUUCCCUCACAGGUCGAUGAAAAAGUGACCCAAUCCUCACAAACUGGUCAAAUUUCAAAUACCAAAUAUUCUGGAAAGAGCAUUUUACUUGUUGACCCAUACAAUUUCAAUCGCGGUCACCGAGGCUUUAUGAUAAUCGUUGUUAAUCAAAUGUUCAAGCAUCACGCGUUUAGGGAUGGAGCACAUAAAGAUGUUGUGUAUUUAAAAAACAUUGCUGACAAACUUCGUUUAACCGUCUUUGAAGGUAAAAAUGAAGAUAUGUCCUUUACAGAAACGAAACAAUUGCUCGAAGAUGUGAGAUGUCUCGACCAUUCGAACUGUGACAUGCUUGCCGUAGCAUUUAGCACACAUGGGUUGGAACAGCCGAACCCAAAAGCUAAAGGAAAGAGUGACCACGCCCUUGUGUGCUCAGACGACAGGACUGAUUUUCACCAGCACAAUAACUGAAAUGUUCAACGACGAAAAUUGCCCAACUCUGAAAGACAAACCAAAAUUAUUCCUAAUCCAAGCUUGUAGAGGUGAAGAACAUGACAGCGGUGCUGACCUUUCGGUGGCAAAAGAGGCCGCACUUGAUCGAACUUGUGGCGGUAACACAGAGACCUGUUGUCAGCCUUGCCUGGACGACUCUGACGCGUGCUUUGCUAAGGACAGCUGGGCUGGUGGCCAUGAAAACCAAGGUCAACCUGUAAACCUCCAUGACGACCUCCCGGCUACAACCGGAAAUGAGCCAACCGCGUUACCAAUGGUUCAUCAGUUCACUCCCACUAAGCUCGUUCGUGAGCCUCUUGGGUUGAGUCCCCAGCUAAAACCUUUCCCAUACGUUGACACACCGUCUCUGAAGUGCGAAAACGAUCAACUUGUUUUCUACGCCAUACCCCCGGGUAUGUUGGCGUGGCGGAACACAAAGGAAGGCUCCUGGAUGCUCUACUAUCUUAACAAUCUAAUUGAGAAGUGUGAUGUGAGGCUGCCAAUUAAUAUGCUAAAAUUGUUGUUAAAAGUGAACGCCAAUAUGUCUUUGAGGUCUACUGACGCUCCUUCUGAUAAAAAUCUCAAUAAAAAGAAGGCGAUAUCAGUUGUAGAGCACAAACUUACUAGGGACCUAAUCUUUCCGCCGUUCGUGAAAUAAUAAAUUACAUAAAACUUUUUUUGUAAACCCCGAUGAUGUUUUAAGAUUCUUUUAUAAGAACUUUUUUUUUUUAACAGCAAUCAGUUAUUUUGAUAUUCUGUUAAAAUUCUUGUUCAAAUUCGUAUUGUACAAUAAAACAUCAAAUGGAACAAAAGUUGCUGCAUACAGAGCAAGGAAGCUUUUUUCUUUUGCCUAUUUCGACAAAAAGUUGGUUUGUAUUUCACGUUCAAUACUUGUAUCUGGCAAAAUGAGCUUUACAAAAAAUACCACAGACAGCGCUGAGACAUGCUUAUGAAAGUAUAAGUUAUGUUGAUUUGAAAAAAAAACCGCACAUUUGUGAAUAUGAAAAUGGUAAAAAAAAUGCGAUCCAUAUGGUGAUAAACUGCUCGCACUGUUAUGAAAUAUAUAUAUAUACUAAUACAUAGUGCCAGUUACGCGGUCUCGGUAGUUUUCAGACUAUACUUAAGGGGUCAAUAUUAAAAACGGGGUCCUUAUACAACCCCGCGCUCUAUGCACCUUUAAUUACUAUGGGGGAGGGGGGGGGGGGUGUAGGGGAGGUAAUGCAAUCAAAUGUCACAAUAAGGUCUUAUAUCGAAAACCACAAUCACGUCUGAAAAAGAAAUUUUGUAUACCUCGCAAUUAAUGUUGCAAUAUAUUUCUUUGAAUGAGACGUUAAAUAAAUGACGUAUUUAUUUAUAAUACUAUAUUAGGUACCCCCUAUAUACCUUAAUGCGUGUUAAUAUCGGAUAAAAAAGGGUAUGGAGAUAUAUCCUGGCGAUAUGUGUGAAUAUAUAUAUAUACUUUAUUAUGAACCUGUUAAUCUUUUCGUUUGUUGACAUCAUACAAUUUAGUCAUUUUAUGUUGCAUAUUCACACGUUUCAUUUAUAUUUUAAUAUGUUUGUUCGCUGUAAAGGGAUACUUCUCUGUCAUAUGAGCUUUUUACCAGAAUAGGGUACGAUAUAUCAACAGUCUUAAAACAUGAACAUAUGCUGUAUUCGUAUUAAUUGUUUUCGCUGUGCUCUGUUUCAAACUACAUCGAUGUUUCUCUUGUAAGAUACGUACACUUAUAUUAAUUUUGUUUUUCGUUGUGCGUAUAUGCAUUAUUUUGUUGAUUCUGUUAUUUAUUCUGACAAAUCUCAUCUUUUUAAAAUUUAAUACACAAGAAAUCAAAUAUGUUUGAAAAAUGUUUAAUAUGCUCACACAUAUUUAUCUGGUUUUCAUGGUCAAUAGUUUUACACUAUUAAUUGGUGUGUUGAGGAAGUAUAUCGGAUCAUCGCAACAUAGUUAAUUAUUAAACUUUAAAUAGAUGCAUUUUAGUUUAUUAAGUGUAAUAUAUUAUGCUAUGUUUUAUUUUAUGUCAGUUUUAUGAGAUUGUGAUAUAUAGUCUCUUAUUAUUCGCUAAGAAUGGCUACAUUCAUACCCACAUGCUAUGCAUCUUUGAUUGUAAUAAUUGUUAUGAUGAAUUGUGGAUGAGUCUUUAAUAAACUAAAUAUGUCUGUA